AUGCCUUUAAAAGUCUUUGUAUUAGCCUUAUCUAUUGGAUUCGUUCAUGGCUGGGGACAAGCACAACACUACGCAGUAAGAGGCAAGAUUACUUGUGAUGGAGAGCCUGUUGAUUUGGUUGUAAGUUGUGAACUCCGUUUAUAUUUAACCAGACUAACGGAGGCCCUACGGGCCUCCUAUGGUCUGGAUAUCUUAGUUUUGUUUUAUUUUAGUAUAAAAUUAUUUUAUAAUUACUUGAAACGUCAGAAUCUGUAAAAAAGGCUCGGGCCUGCGGCCCUCGCGCGUCUUUAAUUUUAACUUUAAAAUGGAAUGUUUUUGUUUUUAUAACUUUCUGCUAAUGCAGCAUGAAUUCUGAAACUACUUUGAGUAUGAGUGAUUUGCUUAUUUGUAUUCUUGAAAACAAACAUUUUAUAAAAUUACUUUUUUUGUAAACCGGUUGUUUUUUUGAAUUUAAAAAAUUAUUAAUUUUAAUUUACCUUACCCAUGUUAAUUCCAAUACCUUUUUUAUAUACCCCGACCCCUAGUCUUACCCACACCCCUACCCAACCCCAUAUUUUUACCCUUACCUCUACUUUUUAACAUAAAAUUGAUAUAUUUAUUAAAAAAUUAAACCCAUAAUAUUUAGUAUCAUACUCAAAAUAGAAUCAGAAAACAUACCUACAUCUUCGUUUGCCAUCGUAUCUUCAUCAAAAUAGUUGAAACCCGACCGCUCACUUCGAAAAAAUUCAUGGGACUGACCGGUUUCUUUUUUUAAAUUUCAUAAAAUUUUUUAUUUUAAAUUGAUUUUCCCAUAAAUUUGCAUGUAAAAAAAUAAUUUUAAAAUGUACUUUUCUUUGGCCCGCAACAUCCACCGACUCUCCGUUUAUAUACGGGGAUAAAAAUUUUUUACAAAUUUUAAAAAGAGUAGAAAGACAUGUUGUUUAUAAGCACGUAAGAAUUUUAAAAUUUUGCAAGAAGAUAUUUUAAGCGUGUUCAAAUGUACGAUUAUGACAAGAUAUCCGAAGACGAUCUUAUGGCAGAAACAAACACUUCAGAAGGCGGUUACUUUGCCCUAAACGGCACUUCUACAGAAGUUACAGAAAUCGAACCCUACUUGAUGGUUUAUCAUCAUUGCGGUGAUACUGGCGAGUUUUUGUUUGUUCAUUGUCCUCUGAAUUACAUUUAUAAUCUGCCGACUGAUAAAACUAAUGGUGAGGAAGUUGAUAUUGGCACAAUAAAUCUGCGAGGAAACUUCAGAAGGGAUGAUGAGAAGCGAGGUUGCCUUUGA